UUCUUUUUCACCCCCGCAUUGAAAAUGACUUUAUUCCGUUCUUAAAGAACUAUACAGAAAUAUGCGAACUUAAUGUUACUUUUUAAAAAUAGGAAGUGUAUGUGUGGUUUUCCUAGGUGUUGGACUACAGUGGGAGAGAAGAAGAAACUGCAUUUCCUUCUUCCGAGUCGUGCAGUGCCGUACGACUUCUGGGAAGUAUUCUGAAUUCCGCUGUCCUCUCUAGAUACCAAAAGGUUAUCUUUCGCCUUCUGUUUCAAACCAACAGCCAUUCCCACAGGCUCGCUUAUUCUCGAGACUCAGCGGUCAGCUAAUGACGUUUCAAAUGACGCAGUCAGCAAAGAACCCCCUUUCCCCUCAGCUCGGCCUUGUUCUCAGACUUUCUUAAGGACCUGGGGCAUUGCUUACACUCGGCUUUCGUUUGCUUCUCUCUCAACUCCUUAGGGCGCCGCUCGGCGUUUGAUUAGUAAGGCUCCGCAGAGACGGGAAGUGAGCUAUUCCAUUACCCCGCGUUCGAGGGGGGGGAAGCCGGCCGUCUGGGUCCGACCGUACCAUUUAGCCCCUGGGCUCGGGGGGGGAGGGAGCCCGAGGGGCGUAGGGCGCCAUUGGGCGCCGGGCUCCGAGGACGGGAAAAUGGCGGCCUUAGGGUCCCCGGCGCGCACUUUACGAGGCCUUCUACGGGAAUUGCGCUAUUUGAGCGAGGCCACGGGCCGACCGUAUCGCGACACCGCAGCCUAUCGGUACCUCGUGAAGGCCUUCCGUGCACAUCGGGUCACCAGUGAGAAGUUGUGCAGAGCCCAACAUGAGCUUCAUUUCCAAGCUGCCACCUAUCUCUGCCUCUUACGCAGUGUUCGAGAACACGUGGCCCUUCACCAGGAAUUCCAUGGCAAGGGUGAGCGCUCCGUGGAGGAGUCUGCUGGCUUAGUGGGUCUCAGGUUACCCCAGCAGCCUGGAGGGAAGGGCUGGGAGCCAUGAGGAUGGACAGAUUCCUCCGAUGCUGCUGUCAUAGAAGGAUUUAAUCAUUUCCUUCAAUAUGUAUUUAUCAUUAAAUUUCUGUAUAAGUUUA